CUGUUAAGUUUAAUUUAUGUUCACGUGAAGUCGUGAACCUAUUUAUUUUACUUGUAUAUUUGCAUAUGAAUAGUUUACUAUUUAAGUUUCAUAACAAAAUAUAUGUCUGUAAUAGAUGUAUUAAUGAUUUAUAACCUUGUGCCUUAAAUUAAUAAUUUUCUACCAUGGAGGACACGGACCUAUUAGCACGUUUUGAAAAUGUUGAAGAUUUAAGUGAUCCCACUUUAAUUGAUGAUUUACAAAUGGUCUUAGAGCAAAUUCAAGCCGAAGACGAGGAAUUUAUGCAGAUACUCUUAGAUAAAAUAGAAAGCAUGGUUAUUACUUGGGAACAACCCUGGUAUCAAGAGCCAAACUGCCUCACUAGACCUCUUAAAGUAAAAGAUGAUGAUGUAUCUCAAGAUUAUCGAACAGAUACCAUAUGCUCUGAAGAAAGAGAAUUAAUAUCUAAAAAUUGGAAAGACUUUCGAAAGACUUAUGGUGUUCCAAAUAAACCCGCAUGUCUGGCACGAUGGAGAAAUAAAGAUAAAUCACGCCACCCUAAUACACCAGAAGAGUUAGUGAGAAGAUUUGUUAUGGCUUAUCUAGCAAGAGGCUUAAACAGAACUAUUUAUCAAGUAUACAAAUUCUUUAUAACCCAUUAUGGCAAUAGAUUCAAAGGGCGAUAUUCUGUAUAUGAAGAGAAAAUUAUGCUUGUUUGUAUGUACCACAAUCCCAAAAAUGUAGUUCCAUAUUUGUCAGCUGUUCUUGGACGUGAACCAAGGGGAAUUUAUAAAAAACUUCUUCAACUUAGUAAUGGAAAAAAAACUGAGAGGAACAAUUUUAAAUGGACAUUGCCCUUGUGCACAAAAUUUUUAAAACUUAUGAUGAAAUACACUGGAGAGCCACUAGAAAAUUUGCAAAACAAAAGGUUUGGAACGUCAAUAUGGGUACAACUUGAAGAAGCUAUGGGAAAAGAACAUAUAUGCUUACAAAUGUUUUGGUACAACAGUUUGCAUGUCCAACUAUUCGUUAGAUGUGAUAUAAAAAUCAAUAAACUUCGAAAGAAAAUUUUGAAAAAAUUAAAACUUUAUCCUUAUAAAAUUUGGUCUGACAUUCGAUGGAAAGAAAUUCUCAAACAUUUUCCCGAUGGCUUCACUCAUGGUUUCUUGUAUAAGACCACUUCAAAUAUUUUUAGAAAAUACAAAGAUUAUCGUCAAACUCCCUUAGAAAAACUAAUAGAUUAUGGUCUGAAAAGGAUUAAAACAAUGCCCAACAAAAGAUUGAAAACAUUAAUAUUAAAUGAAAAACAAGAACUAGAAAUAAUUAAUUAUAAAAAGUAAGUUGUUUUCAAUUACAUUAAUAAAGU